AUGGAAACACCCGAUUCUGACCUCUUUACGAAAGAGGCAAAGGAACCGUACAAGAACAUAUCACUAGCACCACCACCGGGUCCACCUCCGCUAGAGAUUCAGGUCGUUCUCGCGAUCCCGGAACUUGCGAACAAUCAGGUUCUGGUUCACCUGACCCCAGAAUCGUCAAGAGUUCGAAUCGAACCUACCCCGCGAUUCAUCGUGCUAGAGUCUUGGACCCUGUCGUUUGCGCCUCGACGAGGAGAUGAGGACCAUUCAAUCGACGUUGCACUGCCGACGAUCUACAAACACGGUAUCCCCUUGUUCCGGAGCCUCUUCACCCUGCUGCGGGUCUUGCCAACAUGGAAGCUGUACAAGCGCCUGAAGAGACGCACAGGAGGCCCACAGCACCUCUCUAUUCAACUGCGUGUACGCUCAAGCCAUGACCCAGACCAUCUCAUCCUUGAUUUCGACACGCCUGUUUCCCCUACUAUUCCGACACCCUUAUCUACCCAGACACACACGUUCUCCGCCGUUCCACAUCCUUUGGGGUCUUUAACACUCUCAGCGCGCUUUCUGGAAACCCCCAACUUCCAACUCGAAGAACUAGAAUCCGUCCUUUCCUCAAGGUUCAUCUCCCAAGAUUUAGGGGGCGGGGAGGGCUUUGUUCCAACUUUGACCAAGAACCAUCAACGUGAUUCGUCGAUUAGCAGUAGCGGGAUGCGCUCUGUUCUGUCGAAAUCACCGCCGAAGAGUAUUGGUCGCACCGUCUCCUCCGAUGAGAGCGCCAGCAUCGCUGAACGAUUCAUCCUCCCCGCCCGAACACCCAGCAACCCACCCUCGUCCGGUGCUGGCACUGGCACAGCACCGACGCCCGUCCGAAACAUACCACAGCCACCUAGACAGCUGGCAAGCGGCGACUUUGCUGGGGUACCUAACCAGUCGCCAUCGGGUCUCGCGAUUUCGAGGCUGCGCAAGGAGAGCUUGGGGUCGUCUCCGUCGUCGUCUCUUUCUGGUAGGGAUCUCCCCAUGGGCAUCCCAUUCGCCACCACCAAUCCCUCGCUGUCCUCCCUUUCCUCAUCACCAUCGUCGGGCGGCCUGCCCAUCAGACGACCGAGCAUCAACCCUGUACAUCCCUUCAAAUCCAACACAGUAUCUUCAGCAUCCGGAUCCUCACCGUCUCUGUCCAUCCGCCAGGCAGGAAUAACCAGUGGGUCACCACUAUCGACUGGCAUCACAGGAAGCCAUUCGCGCUCGAGCUCCAUCUCCGGUGUCACGAGUCGGCCACCCCCGUCCCCGAUCGGUAUCGGAUUACCAGGCGGCGCUGAUAGUCGUCCGUCACCACCGCUAUCCCACUUUUCCCCGUCGAGUUUGGAUGUGGUGAAGCGUCCGGGAACGAGCGGUAGUGCGGGGAGUGCUGGUAGUGGGGAGCGUGAUCGCAGAGUGAGCUUGGGUGUGGGUGCUAGUCCGGAUGACGGGCGCGUUGCGGUACCCCCUCGGAAGCGCUACUCGAGUAGCUUUGGGCAUCGGUUUACCAAUAGUGUUGGGAGUACGGGUGGUGGUAGCGCCGAGGGAGGCAGCGGGGGUGCGAGUGCCGCAGGGGGCGGUACCGCCAGUGGAAGGAGUACACCGGCCAUCCCGCCCUCCGGCUCUGGACUCGGGAUCGACUUGGGGACGAGGGAGCGGAAGGAGAGCUCUGCGGCAUCGUUCAUGAGCACAGCCACCGACGAUGACGAUAUCUCUCUCUUUGUCCAAGACAUCGAUUCGCGCAAGCCCUUGAGUGGGAGGUGGAAGGAGCGGGAGAAGAGGGAUUGGGAGAGGCAGCAGUCUGCUUUGCGAGAUGGGCUGGAAGGUGUUGAAGAUCAGAGCCACGGUCGGGAUACCUCUGAAGCGUCCACUGUCAAACCUCUUCGGUCAGAACGAACGAUAACGGGAAGAUUGUCGACAUCGCCGCCAUCCACCGCGCCGUCAUCGAGAUUCUCAACGUUAAGCGACGCAGCUCCUAUCCCUUCUACUCUACCUUCUGCCAUUGCCCGAGAGCGGGACCCGGCAGUGACGUCUACAUCGCCUCCUGCGCUGUCCCUGUCACCGACAAGAGGGCCUAUGCUAACGAGCCAGGGUGAGGUUUCGGAGAGGCUGAAGAGGAUGAACGAGACAUUCUUGAAGAGCUUGGAGGGCUUCGACCCGGGCAACGCAGCGAAGCGGAAAGAAAGGGAACAACGGAAGAGGGAGAAGGAGAGGGAGAGAGAACGGGAGAGGGAGAGGGUGCAGUCGACCACGUCCCCUCGGAAGCCCAACGGUGAUGAUACACGACCGAGUGGAUCUUCUGCUAACCGCGAUGAUGCCCAGCUCGCCGGCUACGCCAGUCGGGGGUUGUCGAUCCGGUCUCCCAGGGAGAGAACCCCUCUUGACGAGGAUGGGGGUUGGAAGUCACCUGGAGCGGGUGGAAGCGAGCGUAAUCGUGGAUUUGCUUCGAGGGGGAUGGGGCUGAGAGGCCCGAUGCUUGGUGACGACGACGAUUCGACGAGCUCUUUGGGCCAUAGCGAAGUCAACGUCAGCCAGGGGAGCGAGGAAGUGAUUGGGAAGAUGGAGUUGUACGAGGAGAGGAGUCGGAGGAAGUACCAUCGGUAUUGA